CCGGACACCAUGAAGAUCCCAAUUCUUCCCAUCGUGGCUCUCCUCUCUCUUCUGUCAUUGCAUGCAGCCCAGGGAGCAGCCCUGGGGACGCCUAUGGAAGAUACCACCUCCGGUAAUUACCCUUCGGGAACAGAGGGCCUUAGUGAGUUCCUGAACUUUAACAAGUUACAGUCUGCCUUUAAGUCGGAUGACUUCCUGAACUGGCACGUCCUCACUGAUAUGUUCAAAAAAGCGCUUCCUUUCAUUAACUGGGAAUUCUUCCCUAAGGUGAAAGGACUGAGAAGCGCAGUUCCUGAUUACCAGUGACCAUUCUCUUUAAGACCUAGGACCUAGGCUGACCCCACUAGAAGAGGAGCCAAGCGUGGAAUCCGAAGUCCAUCCUACGACACAUCUCCCCUGGCCCAGUAUCUCCAAUAAAGUGUUUUCCACUCGA